AUGGUAGAUCUUCUUGACCAAUUGUACUUGGACCAGGCCGAUGGACUUCCAGGGUCAACUUAUUACAGAAAUCGUGUUGAUUGCAAAGACAUAUUGGGGGACAAUCGUGCUGCAUCAAGUGGUAUAUAUGAAAUAAAAACAUGGAAAAGCAAAUCAAAAAUCAAAGUUCUCUGUGACAUGGAAACAAGUGGUGGGGGAUGGACGGUGUUUCAUAACCGUUUUGACGGCUCAGUCGACUUUUAUCGAAAUUUCACGGACUAUGAAAAUGGAUUUGGCGACAUAGCUGGUGAAUUUUGGCUUGGCUUUAAAUACAUGCAAGAGAUGGUCAAGGCAGGUCAAUCCCAGCUCUUGCUACAGGUGACGGCAAAAGAUAGGAGUACAGGACAUGAGCUUGCUGGUGAUUUCUCAUUGAGAUCUGAAAACUUGUAUUACGAAGACCAGAUACUAUUCUCUCUUGGAAUAGCAACCAGAUACCGAUGCCUUUUGGGUUUGAGUGGUGCAGCAUUCACAACGAUGGACAGAGAUGUGGAAAUUAACUGUGCUGAACAGAUGCGCAGCCCAUGGUGGUACAGAAAUUGUGGCGAUGAAAUCUGCAAUCUCCAUGGUAAAUACGGCGAAAAUGGACCAGCUGGAUACUACCAUCAAGGAAUAGCAGGUUAUUAUGAACCACUGAAAGCAUCCAGAAUGAUGUUUAGACGAAAACAUGGUUAUUUCUAA